UUCUACCACAUAUAUUAGAUGUGCAGCACAUGAACCGGUCCUUUCAGAUUCAAGUCUCAGCUACGGCUUUCCAUUUCUUCUCUGCUAAAUAAUUCUGCUAUUUUCACCGGUUCGUUUUCUUUUCUUUGGACAAAAUGCCUUUAACGUUCGAGCUGUGUCCCGGUAGAAUGAUCGGAGGAGAUCAUCCAUGCUUCAUCAUCGCUGAAAUUGGACAAAAUCACCAGGGAGACAUUGAGAUUGCCAAGAAAAUGAUCAAAAUGGCAAAGGACUGCGGUGCUGAUUGUGCCAAAUUCCAGAAGAGUGAAUUGGAGUGUAAAUUCAACAAGAAAGCCUUGGAGCGCGAGUACAACUCUGUUCACUCCUGGGGGAAAACCUAUGGUGACCAUAAGCGCCAUCUGGAGUUCAGCCAUGAGCAGUACAGGGAACUGCAGAAAUAUGCUGCGGAGGUGGGGAUCUGCUUCACUGCCUCUGGGAUGGAUGAGAUGGCAGUGGAGUUCCUCCAUGAGCUUAAUGUGCCUUUCUUUAAAGUGGCCUCACUAGACGCCAACAACUUCGCCUAUAUGGAGAAGACUGCCAAGAAAGGACGGCCCAUGGUGGUGUCCAGUGGGAUGCAGAGCAUGGAGACGAUGCGUCGGGUCUACAAAAUAGUGAAGGAGCACAACCCCAACUUUACCAUCCUGCAGUGCACCAGCUCCUACCCUGUGGAUCCUAAAAAUGUCAACCUCAAAGUGAUAACGGAAUACCAGAAGGAAUUUCCCGAUAUUCCCAUUGGAUACUCCGGCCAUGAGACAGGGAUCAGUAUUUCAAUUGCGGCCGCAGUUAUGGGUGCAAAGGUCAUCGAGCGCCACGUAACCUUGGACAAGACAUGGAAAGGAAAUGACCACAGCGCCUCUCUGGAGCCCAGUGAGCUAAAAGAGCUGGUUCGUUCCAUCCGAGAGGUGGAGAUGGCGCAGGGGUGCUGCAUCAAGCAGAUGUUACCUUGUGAGAAGGCAUGCCAUGCUAAGCUGGGUAAAUCUGUGGUGGCCAAGGUCAAGAUCCCCAAAGGAACUGUCCUGACUCAGGACAUGUUGGCGGUGAAGGCGGCCGAGCCGAUGGGUAUCGCGGCCGAGGACUUGUGCAAAAUGGUGGGAAAGACCGUGACGGAGGAUGUGGAGGAGGAUGACAGCAUCAUGCCAGAGAUGGUGAAAGGGUACUGCAAGAACAAGAAGUGCUGAGGAUGGCAAGGAGUUUCUAAAUGGGCAGAAAAGGCACAUCAUUUGAGAGGAAACGUUAUCGAUUCCUCUGCUGAUAUUGGUCAUUUUUGUUGUGAUAGUGGUUCAAGCAGUUACUUUGCUCAAGUGAUAAACCCACCAUAAUCUUACAAGAGGCUCAAUAGUAGUCUCAGUCCUGUGGUCAGUACUAGUGCAGCACUUUCUGAGGUGGCACAAAAGCCAGUUGUUGUUACUGUUAACUUAACAUACUUUGCACUAUAGUUUUUGCCUGCUCUGUAGAGAUUAAAGGAACAUUGAACACACAAAGCUGCCACUGGUCAUCUCCUCACACACCGGUGAGAUCAGAGGCCCUUUGCCAAACACUCAUUGUAUUCUUCUUGUACCUGCUCAUUAAUGUAAGUUCAUGAUAUCCUGCAUGGUUUGUGUUUGUGCUGCUUCUUUGAGAGAAGCACAAUAAGACUACCGGAGCCAGACGCUUCCCAAAACCAAAAGAAGAAAUGCCCCCUCUCACAAUUAACCUUGUUUUUGUCACAAACCCAAACCCGUCCGGAUGUUAACUGAACAUGUCACAACCUGUGGAGACUCUGUUGAGAUUUGAUGUUCUGAAAAGUUGAAGCCUCCAAAUAAAAUGUUGCCCGAA